CUCUUGUCCGGCCCCCUGAUCUUUCUGUCCAUUGGCUUCUUCGGGUCUACAUUUCAUGUCCAGCCCCUAAUGAGUGUCCAUUGGUUUUGUUAUUUCCAUUCCCUCCUCCCACUCCCCGGCUUUGCCCUGCCCAUGUUUUGUAUGUCUGUGUCCAUCCAUCUCCUGACGUUCAAGUUCGCAGGGACGUCACGUCCGCACUUGAACUUGCAGCUCAGGGGGGCUUUUGCCAUUUUUUCAUCUCUCUCUCUCUCUUUUCAAAAAAGCCAUGACGGCUAUCCCACAAUCCAUCUUCCCUGCGCCAUCUUUGUAUUAUUUCUAAUUUAUUUUGGAUGUCAAAGGCAUUGAUGAAGAUAUUUUCUCUGGAGUCUCCCUUCUAACCCGGCUCUCCCGAUGUGAACCGAGCUGAAAGCCACCGCCAACCACCAUGUCUCGCCGCAAGCAAGGCAAGCCCCAGCACUUAAGCAAACGGGAUUUUUCGCCCGAGCCCCUUGCUGCCAUUCUCCCAGAGGAACAGCAGGAGCAGCGUGGGCUGGUGCAGGUAGUUGCGGAAGCGGAGCAGGACCUCCUGACUUGCGGCCAGUGUCAGAUGAACUUCCCUCUGGGGGAUAUCCUCGUUUUUAUUGAGCACAAACGGAAGCAAUGCAGCGGCAGCCUCUGCAUGGACAAGGCUGUGGAUAAGCCGCCCUCCACCUCGCCCUCGCGGGGUGAGCAGCGCAGGCCCGCCGUCCCCGUGGAAGUGGGCGUCCAAGUCACGCCCGAGGAUGACGACUGCUUGUCCACAUCCUCCCGAGGAAUUUGCCCUAAACAGGAAAACAUAACAGGUAAAGAUGAGCCAAGCAGCUACACUUGCACAACCUGCAAACAGCCAUUCAGCAGCGCCUGGUUCCUGCUGCAGCACGCCCAGAACACCCACGGCUUCCGGAUCUACCUGGAGAGCGAGCACGGCAGCCCGCUCACGCCCCGCGUGGCCGUCCCGGCGGGGAUGGGCGCAGACUGCGCCUCCCAGCCGCCCCUGCACGGCCUGCACCUGCCCGACGGCAGCCCCUUCAACCUGCUGCGGAUCCCGGGCUCGGCGUCGGUGCGGGACGGCCCGUCCCUCCGCGAGGGCCGCUUCCCCCCCACGCCCCCGCUCUUCAGCCCGCCCCCGCGCCACCACCUGGACCCCCACCGCAUGGAGCACCUGAGCCCGGACGAGCUGGCCCUGGCCUCCCACCACCCGAGUGCCUUUGACAGGGUGCUGCGUCUCAACCCCCUGCCCCUGGACCCCCCCGCCAUGGACUUCUCCCGGAGGCUGCGGGAGCUGGCGGGCAACACCUCAGGCUCCACGCCCCCGCUGUCCCCCAGCCGGCCCAGCCCCAUGCAGCGGCUGCUGCAGCCCUUCCAGCCGGGGGGCAAGCCGGCCUUCCUGUCCACCCCUCCCCUCCCCGCCAUGCAGUCGCCGUCCGGCUCGCAGCCCGCCGCCGGCAGCACGCAGCAGGCCACGCCCUCCAAGUCCAAGGCGUGCGAGUUCUGCGGGAAGUCCUUCAAGUUCCAGAGCAACCUGAUCGUGCACCGGCGGAGCCACACCGGUGAGAAGCCCUACAAGUGCCACCUGUGCGACCAUGCCUGCACCCAGGCCAGCAAGCUCAAGCGCCACAUGAAGACCCACCUGCACAAGUCCUCGCCCAUGACCGUCAAGUCGGACGACGGGCUGUCGACCGCCAGCUCGCCCGAGCCGGGCACCAGCGACCUGGUGGGCAGUGCCAGCAGCGCCCUCAAGUCCGUGGUGGCCAAGUUCAAGAGCGAGAACGACUGCAUGAUCCCGGAGAAUGGCGAGGAGGAGGAGGAGGAGGAGGAAGAAGAGGAGGAAGAGGAGGAAGAGGAAGAGGAGGAGGGGGAAGAGGAGGAGCUGGAGAACGAGGGGGGAAGGGGUAACUACCACUUCAGCCUGAGCCUGGAGGCGGCACGGCAUCACGAGAACAGCAGCGGGCGCGGGGGCGGGGGUGAGGACGGGAUACCCCGCUCGCUGCCCGAGGUGAUGCAGGGCAUGGGCCUGGCCGCCAGCAUGCAGCACUACAGCGAGGCCUUCCACCAACACAAGCGGGGCGUCCUGGGGUCGGACGGCGAGGUGCACCGGGAACUGUGCGGUGACGACGACUCGGUGCUGGAGUCGGACCGUGUUGAGGAGGGCUGCGGCUCGGCCGUCAACGGGCGGGGCUCGUCGCCCAGCGAGGCCGCCUCGGUCGGCCUGUCUAAGAAGCUGCUGCUGGGCAGCCCCACAUCCCUCAGCCCCUUCUCCAAGCGCAUCAAGAUGGAGAAGGACUUCGACCUCCCCACCCCCACCAUCCCCAACACGGAGAACGUGUACUCCCAGUGGCUGGCCGGCUACGCCGCCUCCCGCCAGCUCAAGGACCCCUUUCUGAAUUUCGGAGAUUCCAGACAAUCGCCUUUCGCCUCGUCCUCGGAGCACUCCUCGGAGAACGGCAGCCUGCGCUUCUCCACGCCUCCCGGCGAGCUGGACGGGGGCGUGUCGGGGCGCAGCGGCACGGGCAGCGGGGGCAGCACUCCCCACCUGGGCGGGCCCGGCCGGCCCAGCUCCAAGGACGGCCGCCGCAGCGACACCUGCGAGUUCUGCGGCAAGGUGUUCAAAAACUGCAGCAACCUGACGGUGCACCGCCGCAGCCACACGGGCGAGAGGCCGUACAAAUGCGAGCUGUGCAACUACGCCUGCGCACAGAGCAGCAAACUCACCCGGCACAUGAAGACGCACGGCCAGGUGGGCAAGGACGUUUACAAAUGUGAAAUCUGUCAGAUGCCUUUUAGCGUGUACAGCACCCUGGAGAAACACAUGAAAAAAUGGCACAGUGACCGCGCCUUGAGUAACGACAUUAAAACGGAGUAGAGUCCGGCCCACGAACAGUUACCCCCCCCUGUAGAUUUUUCCCCCCGUUUCACUAGUCCGAUGGAAGCUAAGACGGCGUGCUUGGCGCCAGCACACUCGAUUCCUUUUACCGUUGAAUGCAUGAUCUGUAUCGGGGCAAUACUAUUGCAUUGACGCAAACUUCGAGCCUUUCUCUUGUGCAAUAAUUUACAUGUUGUGUACUUUUCUUUUUUUUCUUUUCUUUUUUUUUAUAAUUAGACAGCAUGCAUGGUAUGUUUUGGCUAAUUUUAAAAAGAAAUUGUCCCUGGUUGGUUAGUUGUUGAGUAAAUGUGUUGCUGUUUUCUCGUUAUGUUUUAUUUAAAAAAAAAAAAAGAAAAAGAAAAAAACAUUGACCAUGCUGCAUACAUUCUGUAAAACAUAUCAUGUACAGUUUUGUGUUAAAACAUGGAGGAAAACAGUCUAUCGCUUAACCCUCUAUGGACGAGCUGGGAAUCGCACUUAAAACUGAUCUUUCAAAAAGAUUUUCUGUCUACAUGGGGUUAAAAAUAUCAAUUGGCUCAAUUACUAAAAAAAAAAAAAACAGUGACAGCCUUUGAAUUUCUUAAAAGAAAGAAGUCGUUAAAAUUUGAAUUUGUACUAUCAUUUGGUAAAACAAAAGAAGAGUGCCUUGGAUAUCUUGAAACAUUGGUUAAUCUUCCUAUUUGCUAUAAGCUUGGAGUCUCCGCCAGAUACUGGAAUUGGAUCUAAUCGAUCCACACAAGGUUCUUGCAUCAAGUACCUGACUGCUACAGUCAACUGUGACUUAAGAAAAAGGAUAAUAUUGAGAGAAAAAAAACAAAGGAAAUUUCUAGUUAAUCAUCAUUUAGCUACCUAUUAUUUGUGUAUCUUUAAAUUGCAGCUGUUUACUUGCCCGGUACGUGCUGUAUUGUGUGGUAUUUACCUUUUUUUAGGUUUUGUUUUUUUGUGGUACUAUAUACAGUGGUACUAAACGUUAAUCCACAAUCUUAAGCUCUUGUAACUUUUAUUUCGUUUUUAUGGUUGUAUAGGUUUUACUAGUUAUGAGUAGCACAAAAACUAUGUUACUGCUUGGGCCUUCAGAGUAAGGUCCAGGCAGUAGUGAAGACUAUGGCACUUGAAACCCAGAGGGCAUUUGAAUCCAGACAAGCUAAAAAGAGAGAGAGAGAUCUGGAGUGGGAGAGUGUGGAGGAAGAGGGGUGUCUGUAAGACUUCAUCUGUACAAAAGCAUCGUAACAUAUUUUUACUUGCCGGUGAUGAUUAACUAUGAAUUGCCUAUAUUCCAGAAAGAAUUUAAAUCCUCAAAAUUUUAUUUACACAAGCUGCAGAUACCUAAGCCUGUGUUCCUAAAAGGAAAGAAAUGGGAAAUGAAAUAAGAGGAAAAAAAAAAAAAAGACAAAGUAACAAGUGAUUUUUAAUUUCUCAUACACUGUGUGCUAUUUGUGUUGACAUGACAGGAGACUUCUUUUCAUUGUUGAGUUACAGCAUCAGCCCCAACUGAUAGCACUUGCCAGUCUGCCUACUGCUCGCCGUCUGUUUCUCGAGGCAGAGGUACCGUGGUUGAGUUGAGAACGAGACUGCUCGUAUAUAGGACAAAAGAAGUGCACUGUUCAAUUUUCCCAGUUUACAGGUAUACACUUAAGGGAAAAGUUGCUGUAAUGCUGACGAGAGGAUAUGGUGUUGUCGUUUAGCAUAGAGAGUGAGAGAACUUUUCCAGCCAAUUCCUCCCCCAGAAAGCCGAACCGUUCGGACAUCUGUUGUGAUUUGGGCGUAGGCUUCCCUGUGAGAGAAUGAACGAUUGAAACUUGCUGCUUACACUGCAAGAAUUUUUUUGUACAAUUUUUUUUAAAUAUAAAUAUUAAAAAUGACUUUUUUAAAUAACACUUCUUUA